UAUGAAGGUCAGGAAGAUGCCGAAGAUUUCGAAAUAGUUGGCAGAUCUAAGCUGAAUGCCCUGAUGAAUGUCGCCAACAUGAAGAGUCAAAUGCAAUUAUGUUGCAAGAGGCAAAAAGGUUGAAGGACGAACUGAAAUCUUUGAAAGCUGAGAACGAGCGCCUUCGUUUACGGUUAAGUAAAUUUGCUGGUGACCAGCUCACUCGAGACAACCCAAAUAUCACUGACCUAAGCGACCCAAACCGACCACAGAAACUCGGUGAGAAGUAUAGUGAGCUUUAUGACAACGAAUGGACGGAAGCAUAUGAAAGUCUUACACACAGUGGAUACAGCGAAGCAGAUGCUGUUGAAACGUUACAGCUAACGCUCAAGAAUACGUUCCAGUUUUGUGAGAGAAAAGCCCAGCUGAUACUGCAGAAAAGAGAAGAUGCAGUUAACCUUUUAUUCGAAGAAUACCGAAACUCUGCUAUAUUAGAGGCUGUACCAAGCCACGUUACCGUGACUGGUGGAAAGCGAGCUUUGCUCGUUAUCGCGUCUUACGGGUCACUCAUUUUUAUACAGAAGUGUUUGGUGCUGACAAGCGGCGAGGACAUGCAGUUACAAAAGAGAUGGGAGCCUAAACGUAGAAACUUUUUGGAUAGUAAAACAUUCACAGAUGAUACUCCGCAGCAGGCUGAUCCUGUUCAUGUUGAUAAGCAGAUGAAGCAAUUGAGAAAAGAGGUGGCAGGUUCAAUUCUCCCUAUUGUGCAAAAGGCAUACAUGGAUGCAAGCUGGCAAAUGGAGUGUUUGUCCUCCUUGAAACCAUUCAUAAAUAAGUGUUUGUUCAUUGGGUGGAUGAUGGUUGUUCAGACGCCGCCAAUGGAUUUUAAAUCUGCCAAAAAGGGCGAUCACUUCGACAAAAAUAUUUUCAAUCAGUAUACAAAAUCCGGGAAGUUUAUAGACUUUGUCGUUUGGCCCGCUUUGUUGCUUAACAAGGAUGGUCCAGUUGUUGGAAAAGGAACUGCACAACCAGGAAUCAUAACCACUUAAAGCUCAAAAUGUCUUCAUAAAAUCGACAUGCAUAUGCCCAUGGACAUCACAAACAUUGUUAGGGCGACAUACAUAAUUCAAACACAGGAUACCUUUACAACAUGGAGGAUAAUGACAUACGAAUUGAAACUGUUCUUUUCUCGAAUUCCAAUAAAAUAAAACGAUGUUUUAAAGAUAAAUAGCAUGUGAGGACAUUCAACGCAUGCUUAACCUUUGCACCAUCAGUCACGCAAUUCAUUCCAUAAAUUAACAAGCAUAAUUUGCAACAAUCACUCCGAUUAUCACGGAAAACAAUUUGAAAUAAAUCCAAUUAUGUG